AGAACUUCACUAAACACAACAGAAAGCUGUUGUCUUCGGGUCGGAAAUUACCCCAUGUGUUAUCAGUAUUAUCACUUUUAAUCACUAAAAUCUAAGCUAACUACGUUGAGACAUGGCUGGUUUACCACCGGGAGACCCACAGCUCGUCUCAAUGAUCGUCAGUCAUUUAAAAACACAGGGACUCUUCGACCAGUUUCGGAGGGACUGCCUGGCAGACGUUGAUACAAAGCCAGCUUACUUGAACCUGAAACAAAGAGUGGACAACUUUGUCUCUAAUCACCUCUCUAAUCACACAUGGAGCCCACAUUUGAACAAGAACCAGCUGAGGAACAACAUCAGACAGCUCGUGCUGCAAUCCGGGAUGCUGGAGCAGGGAGUGGACAGGAUCGUGGCCCAAGUGGUGGAUCCCAAAAUCAACCACAUCUUCAGGCCGCAGGUGGAGAGGGUGGUCCGUGAAUUUCUGUCACCUGGCAGCUGCUCUGAAGAGCCACUGGCCCCACUGCCUUUGGCAGAGAUCAAACCAGACAGCAGCAUUCCUGAGCAGGCCUCAUCGUCUGCUCCAACCACCACUGCAGCAAGUGACGCCAUGUCCAUCCUGGACACAAUAACUUCUCUCAAUCAGGAGGCUAGCGUCAGGGCCAGCUCGGUUACAGAGAAAGGACGCAAAGGCCACGCUUCAGAUGAGCCCAUGCAUCUGGUGGAGGAGAGUGAGCAGGAUAUGAGUGUUGUGGAGGAAGGAGACUACCACCAUGAAGGAAGGACGCUGGAAGAGACAGAGGAAACAAAGUUUGCAUCAGAGAUCCAGGCACUAGAAGUGAAGACAGAGGACACUCAGGAACAGAUGGAUCUGGGAAAAGAGAGGUUAAUAGAAGAAGUGAAGAUGGAGGAUGAGGAGUCAGGAGCUCAGGAGCAGACAGAGGAGGAGAAAGAUAAUGUUACCAGCCGAACCACUGGAAAACCUUCAGAAGAGAAGCAGGAGGAUGAGCUACUGAAAUCUACAAGUCAGGCCAAGCAGAAAGCCAGAGAGAGGAUAAAGGAAGAAUACUCUUUGGAGGACUCUGACCUCGAAGGCCUCAGCGACAUCACAGUGAGCUCCGUCCACACCAGCGACCUGUCGUCAUUUGAAGAGGAAAGUGAAGAUGAGGAGCUGCAGUCUGACUCUUCUGAAGAAGGGGAGCUUCCACUUGAUGAUCAAGGUGAGAGCGCAGAAAAGAAACAUGCAAGUGGAGAUGCAGGAGAAGAAGAGCGUAAGCCUCGUCGCAAGGCCUAUGUUCACAAGCCCUUCCUCUACUCCCGUUACUAUAGCGACUCAGAUGAUGAAAUCACUGUGGAGGAACGUCGAAGAUCUGCGGCAAAGGACAAAGAGGAAAGGCUGCUCAAGAGACAGCAGAACAGAGAACGAAUGGAAGAAAAGCGCAAACAGAAAGCAGUGCAGGCUGAAGAACAAGAUCACAAAAAACAAAAGAGUGGAGACUCUUUGGGGCUGGAGCGCCCCAGAGCCAAAGAGGCUCGCAAAGAAAGGAAAGUUCUGGAGAAAAAAAUGGCUCUCAACAGGAAGAGGAAACUAGACUCAAGGAAAGAGGGAGAUGUUGCAAACAAGAAGAAAGGAGACACAGGAGGAGAUGGAUCCAAGAAAGUGGAAGUGAAAUCUGCCACCGCAAAGACUCCACAACCAAAAUUGAUAAGAAAUCUGUCAGAAUCUGCAUCAUCUGACGAGAGGCACAGAAGGAUGAGCGGCAGCGUCUCAGAGGAUUCCAGCGAAAACAGAAAGAUCUCCGACAAAGGCCGGACACACUCCUUCAUCCUGGAGUUAGAGCAAGGUUCCCAGGAAGCUCUUAAACAACGUUCAGUUGGAAAAUUUGAUCGUCCGUCUCGUAAAGAACUUCACUCUAAAGAACGCAAAGAGAAAGAACGCAGCCUGUCAGAUGAACGUGCCAAACUCAAACAAAAGCAGGAGAAGAAAUCUGAACAUCAGGCAGAUGAAUCUCAGCAUAAGGAAGGUGUUAAAGUGUCGUCUGAAGAGAAAGGUGAGAAGAAGCCUAAAAUGAAAAGUGAGAAGAAAAUGACAGGAAACACAAGAGAAGGAAAAGCGUUUGUGUCUGAAGGUGUUGCUGAUGAAGGCCCUAAAGAUGCAAAGAAGGUGAAGGCUCCAUCCACGGAGGUUGUCAAGGCAGAGAGGGACAAGGAUAAACAAAAGGACAAAAUUAGAGAAAAGGACAAAGAUAAAGACAAGAAUAAAGAAAAGGAGAAGGCUAAAGGAGACAAAAUUUCAGUGAAAAGUGAUUUAAAGCAGCUGCUCCGCCCAGACUCUGCUGGUUCCUCUGAGGAUCGGUCUGACAUGGAGCCUGCACCAGACAGCAGCAAGAAGAAAGAUAAACACUCCAAGGAAAUCCUAAAAAGGUCAAAGAGCCACUCUGAGGACAGGCAAGGAGAAAAACCCAAAUCUAUAACUGAUAGUAAAGACAGUGAGAAGGAGAAGACAAAACCAGAUCAAGACAGCCAGAAAUCCAACAAAUCCAGCUCUGAAACAGACAAAGAUCCAAAAAGAGUCAAGACAAUAGAAAAAGGAAAAAUCAUUGAAAAACCAAAAUCAAAAUCCAAAGAGGAAACAAAGAUUCCAUUGUUAUCAAAGACUGAUAAGAAAGUUCAGAGUUCAGAAGUCAAAAGUGCAGGGGGUGCAUCUGUCAGCAAACCUGAGGCAACAAAGGAGAAGAAAAAAGAGGGGAAUACAAAGGACCAGGGGAAAGUCUCUGAAGAACCUUCACAUGAGAGAUCAGACAUUAAGAAUGGAAAGAAAAAAUUAGAGAAGAAGGAUAAAAUCCCAGAAAAGAGAGACGACAGCCAAGAAGAGAAGAAAGCACCCAGAGAAGACAAACUGGAAAAGUCAGAUAAAUCUUCAAAGUCGUCUGUUUCUUCAGUGAGUCUUGAAACAGAAGAGCUGCCUAAGAAACCAUCUCUUCUCCAAGACACAAGCACAGACUCUGAUCCCGUCACCACCACUGUCACCACCUCGUUCUCAGACGACACCUGCGAUGCUUUAAGUGACAUCACCCCUGAGCCACCUGAAGGAGAAACAGAGUCACGACUCAGUGAGAUGCCUGCUGUGCCGGCUGAGGCCGACGCUCUGCUCACCCUGAUGGACGUUUGUACCUCAGCGGAGGCGAGACUCCCACCUGAGAGCAUCCAAGAAGCUGUGACUGAUGAGAUGGCGCUUCAGGAUGCUGAUAUGAAAAUGAAAGAGGCAGCUCUGACUCUGCUCUCUAUGGAUCCUGACAGUACAGUGUCCUCCAGCUUAAUAAGUCAUGAUACAAGCGAAGAACCAGAGGUGAAUCCACCGGCUCCACAACCGAUGGAAACUACUGCAGCUGAAGAGGAAGAGCAGCAUCCUCCUAUAGAUGUGCAAACAGCUGCUGAAACUGAGUUCACAGCCACUGAGCUGUCAACAGCCCCAUCUCAACAAACUGCCCAGCUUGUUGAUGAAAACCCAAAGACUGCAGAUGAAUCUGAAAAUGCAGAGAAAGAAAUGGGCGCGUCAAAGGCUGAAACAUCUGAAACACUUGCUCUACAGGAGGAUGACGCUACCUCAAAUGAAUGUCAGGCUUCUUUGAACGAGGAUGAAGCCAACAAGGGAGAAAUAACUCCUGAAACACAGCCAGAUGAGAUAAUGGCGCCACCAUCAGCUGACAAAGAAGCUGUUGAUGCUGUUGUGGGUGAAACAGAAGAGGUCAGAGGAAUCACAGAGGAAAAUACAGUUGCUGUUGUUUCGGAUACCUCUGAACAAGUCUCCGAAAUGUCCAGUGAACCAGUCUCCGAAAUGUCCAGUGAACCAGUCUCCGAAAUGUCCAGUGAACCAGUCUCCGAAAUGUCCAGUGAACAAAUCUCCGAAAUGUCCAGUGAACCAGUCUCUGUAAUGUCCAGUAAACAAGAUCAAAUAGAGCCAGACGGUGCAGCCACAAAGAUAAGCCCCAAGGCAGAGGAAGUGGUAGCUGAAGAGAACCAGGCCAUGAUGGACACAGAUUACAGUGAAGCUGAGAGUAAGACGCAGGAGGAAGAAAACGUUGCAGUAGAAGAGAGGGAUCCACAGACUAUGGAAACUGGUGUCCCAGAGAAGACAGAAGAGGUCAGAGGAAGUGAACCUGAGUGUCAGCCCAAACUAGUCAAACAAAUCAGUAACGUCUCCAGCACAGACAGUCAGGAAGAUGGGAAGGAAUCAGACCUGUCCGAAAAGGAACAGAAGACAGAAGGAGGAGGCAGACGGAAACGGAAACAGCCCAGUCAGAAAGUUGCAGCAGUGAAAGAACAUGGUGAUGAAAAGGAAAGAAAGGAGCAACUGUCUGAUGAGGAAACUGAGCAGGAGAAGGUUGAAGAGGUCAGUACACCUCGCAGGGGGCGAUCAUCCAGAUCAACCGAGGAGGCAGAGAAGGGUCAACCUAUAGAACCUGAAAAGUCUGAGGAGACUCCGAGCCGCAGGGGAAGACGUUCAGGAACUGCACCCAAAGAAGCCACUGCUGAUAUUCAGAAGGAAGAGGAGAAUAUAAAUGAGGAGAGUGCUGAUAAAACUUCAUCAGGGAAACCAGCAGAGGAGGAAGAGAAAACUGAAGAUGAAAGUGCAACAAAGGAAAGGGAGGUCCAGCUGCCGACUCCUGAUCCAGACGGUUCUGAAGGUGCAGGGAACGCAGACUCCAAAGAGACCACUGACAUAUGUGAACCAGCAGUGAAGAGAAAAAGGUCAGAGGAAAUGGAGGAAUCUUUGGAGGAAACCCAGGCUGAUGAGGAGGUGAAGGAGGACAACAGUCAGCAGGAGCAAAACAAGCAACAGCCUGAAAAAGACGACGGUGGUUCCCCUUCAGUGAGCCAGGCGGAGGGACAAGAGGAGUUGAAAGAGGAGAGCUGCAGUGAGAAUAAACCAGAUGAUGCUGAGGAGGAGCAACAGCAAGAGGAGCAAGAGACGACUCCAAAGAGAAAUGCUCGGAGAGGACGACCUUCAAAGGCAGCGGCAGCCACAGAGGAUUCAGAUAAAAAAGACAAAAAGGCAGAAGAAAAAGAAAGCGAGCAGAACGAUGAAGAGGAGGAGGAUGAUGGUGAGGAAGGAAAAACUGCAACCAGGGCGACCACGCGGUCAGCCUCUCGACUGGAGGCUGAAAGAAACAAGCCAAGUAAACCAUCCACCCGGGCAAGUCGACAGAGUGGUAAAGAGGAGACCGCAGCUGGCACACGCGGAACGAGGGGCCAGGCAGCAGUGGCGAAGGGGGGCCGUAAACGGGAGACCAGCCCUCCCGCUGUGCGAACGCGGGGAGGACAGAAAUCAGAGGAGCCCCCUUCCAAGAGAGCCAAACGCUGAAACCUCUGACAGCAGUGGACCAGUUUGCCCCAGCAGUGUUUUUUCUGCACUCCAUAUUCAAGUCAGUUUUGCUGUUGGGGGUCAGAGAACCUCUACAGUCAGUUAGCAUGUAAAGCUGUUUCUGCUUCAUUGACUGUAGAUAUUGAAAAGCUCUGGAUAGUAUUAUACACUCUCCUCUGAUGGUUGAGUGUAAACCUGAGGAUCUGUGUAGGAAUCCCUUAGAGUACUUUCUACCGCACUACGCCCAUAUGGUUUGGAUCAGUCUUCAUCAUCCUUCUGUUUAUUCAGUAAUGCCCAGUAAACCAGAGUAUUUCAGACCAAUCAAAGGCCUAAUGUGCAGCUGAGCCGCGCUUUGAGAUAGAGAGGGUGAAUUGAAAUUAGCAGUCAGUCAACGCCUUCUACAGACAUCACUGUUACACAUUUGUGUUAUUUCUGAUUUGUAAAUUCAAACACUUGUAGAGAUAGAAAUCAUUGUGAAGCAUCUAACAUUCAUUAUGAAUUUUAUUAUUUAAUAUUCAUUCUGUGAAUGAAAGGAGAAAUUUUCCUCCCUCUUUUUUUUUAAGGUUUUGUUUUUAUACAUAAUAUUCGGCAGGUAAGGUACGUUUUUUUUUUUUCUUUUCUUUUCUUUUCUUUUUUUUCACUGUUGAAAUAACAGCAGUAUUAGUCACUGACAGGGAAAACAUGACAGAACACGAACAGUUUCUUUAAACUCAGUCUUCAUGAAAUAUUUGUAACAACACCCUUUGCAGACAAAGUGCUGUUUCUUGUGGAGGUAAUCUAGAUAUUUGUAUUGUUUCAGAGUUAAGUGUUUAUCAGUAUGAUGGCAAUAGAUAUCUUGCCUGCCUGUCAAUGUAAAGACAGUUGUUUCAUGAAUGUAAAAAUACCGAAUAUUGCUUCCUUUUUUCAUUUCCAAGCAAAUAUAAAUCACUUUAGGUUCUUA